UUCGCCAGACUGUGUUCUGUGUCCGCAUACGUUGUUGGUCGCCUUGUUUAUGCGCGAUUCGGUGCUACAACUGGCGACGCUAUGGGAAUGAAUAUGGGGGUUGAGGUGGUGCUAAACACGCUUCACUUGAAGUAUUUCCCCGAUAUGCGCAUUCUCAGCUUAAGUGGAAACUUCUGCGUUGAUAAAAAAGCGUCCGCCAUGAAUUGGAUCGAGGGUCGAGGAAAAUCGGUCACCGGCGAGGCAGUUGUUGCGAGUUCGAUUGUUCAAAAUGUAUGA